GUCAAGAAAUUGUAUUACAAUAUUGAUCAUCUCUCUCUAAUAGUCCAUGGACCAAAAUAUGUUACUAUUUAUUCUUUUAGCUUUUCCCAUCUUGCUGUUAUUUUUCUUUAGAAAACACAAAACAUCUAAGAAGCAAUGCUUACCACCAGGCCCUAGAGGCCUUCCCUUCAUUGGCAAUCUUUAUCAAUUCGAUAGUUCUACUCUCUGUUUGAAACUCUAUGACCUCUCAAAAACAUAUGGUCCCAUCUUCUCCCUUCAACUUGGUUCAAGGCCAACCCUAGUUAUUUCCUCACCGAAACUCGCCAAGGAGGUGAUGAAUACCCAUGACCUUGAAUUCUGUGGUCGACCCUCCCUCAUAAGCUCAAUGAAAUUUUCAUAUAACGGGCUAGACAUGGCAUUUUCACCCUAUAGAGAUUAUUGGAGACACACAAGAAAAAUAUCCAUUAUCCAUUUCCUUAGCCUCAAGCGUGUGCUAAUGUUUUCCUCAACAAGAAAAUAUGAGGUUACCCAGUUGGUAAAAAAGAUAACGGAACACGCUUCUUGUUCCAAGGUUACCAACUUGCACGAGUUACUGACGUGUCUAACAAGCGCUAUAGUGUGUAGGACUGCUUUGGGAAGAACGUACGAAGGGGAAGGGAUUGAGACAAGCAUGUUCCAUGGCCUGCUUAAAGAAGCACAGGAUUUGAUAUCUUCCACUUUCUACACUGAUUAUAUUCCAUUUGUUGGGGGAGUGAUUGAUAAACUCACCGGAUUGAUGGGUCGUCUUGAGAAUUUGUUCAAGGUGUUGGAUGGCUUUUAUCAGAAUGUUAUUGAUGAACACCUUGAUCCUGAAAGGAAGAAACUCACGGAUGAAGAGGAUAUAAUUGAUGCCUUGCUUCAAUUGAAGGAUGAUCCUUCCUUCUCAAUGGAUCUUACUCCUGCUCACAUCAAACCCUUGAUGAUGAAUAUAAUUUUAGCAGGAACAGAUACAAGUGCAGCCGCAGUAGUUUGGGCUAUGACGGCACUGAUGAAGAGCCCUAGAGUAAUGAAGAAAGCCCAAGAAGAGAUUAGAAAUGUGUUUGGUGAGAAAGAUUUUAUAGGGGAAGAUGAUAUUCAAAAGCUUCCUUAUCUUAAGGCAGUUAUAAAAGAAACAAUGAGAAUGUACCCACCACUGCCUCUUCUUAUACAUAGGGAAACGAUUAAAAAGUGUAGCAUUGAAGGGUACGAAAUUCCAGAGAAGACAUUGGUGUAUGUGAAUGCUUGGGCAGUGCAUAGAGACCCAGAAACAUGGAAGAAGCCAGAAGAGUUUUAUCCUGAGAGGUUCCUAGACAGCAAAAUAGAUUUUAGGGGAUAUGAUUUCGAGUUUAUUCCAUUUGGUACUGGACGAAGGAUUUGCCCGGGUAUCAAUAUGGGAAUUAUCACAGUGGAGCUUGUGCUUGCUAAUCUUCUCUAUUCUUUUGAUUGGGAAAUGCCUCAAGGGAUGGAAAGGAAAGACAUAGACACUGAUAUGCUUCCAGGACUUGUCCAACACAAGAAAAAUCCUCUCUGCCUAGUUGCUAAGAAGCGAGGGUGAUUUCGAAUUUGCAUCACAGUGUUAUUAUAAAAGUAAUUAGAAAAUAAUUUAUGUAGGCAUUACUAUAUGAAUCGUGUAAGAAGUACAACUGAUACGGGGUAAUUACUUAUUAAAACUUAAUUAGUGAUCGUGAGUUUGAGUCUUGGAUAUGCAUGUACGAUUACAUUUAAUAAUUGGAAUAUGAGCUUUGCUGUCCA